UUAUUAUUAUUAUUAUUAUUAUUAUUAUUAUUAUUAUUUAUCUACAAUGGCUGUAUUUUUAUAUCUGAUACAUUUAAAAGUCAUGAAAUUACCGUUAUAAAUCACAUCAACCCACAGCGUCACCGCUCCCGGCCGUGCGCAUGCGCAGUCCAGUGCCAGGAGCUGUCCGCGGCAGUCGGUGCUCGAGCGUUUUACCCGCAGCAGCUUCACCGGACACGUCGCUACAGGAGACAUGGAGGAAGAGCUAAAAUGCCCUGUUUGUGGUUCCUUCUUCAGGGACCCCAUCCUGCUGCCUUGCUCCCACAAUGUCUGCCUGCUGUGCGCCCGGAACAUCACCGUCCAGACGCCGGAUGGGGAGACUUCGGUCCAGAGUCGAGCCUCCGGUAGCUCCGACUACGACUACCUGGACAUGGACAAGAUGAGUCUGUACAGCGAGACGGACAGCGGCUAUGGCUCCUACACCCCCUGCCAGUUGAAGUCUCCGAACGGCGUUCGGGUAUUUCCGCCGGUCGCCCCGCAUCGGAACUGCUCUCUCACCUGUCCGCUGUGUCACCGGAGCGUGUCCCUGGAUGAGCGGGGGCACCGGGGGUUUCCUCGGAACCGGCUUCUGGAGGCCAUUGUGGUGCGGUUCCAGCAGACCCGCGGCAUCCCGUGUUCGGCAUCCCCCUCCGCGGUGAAGUGUCAGCUGUGCGACCGGAACCCGGUGGUCGCCACGGUGAUGUGCGAGCAGUGCGACGUCUAUUACUGUAACGCCUGCCAGCAGCGGUGCCACCCAUCCCGCGGUCCCCUGGCUAAGCACCGCCUGGUGCCGCCGCCGUCGCCGAGUCAAGCAGCUGGAGGAGCGGCGAGCGGCGGCGGCGGUGCUGGGAGUCAGCAGCCGGUGCUGACCGCGCGGAAAACGGGGACCUGCGUGGAUCACGAGGCGGAAAACUUCAGCAUGUAUUGCUGCAGCUGCAAGGCUCCGGUGUGCACGAAGUGUUUGGAGGAGGGGAAACACGCCAAGCACGACGUCAAACCGCUGGCUGUGAUGUGGAAGCAACACAAGUGCCAGCUCUCCCAGGCUCUGAACGGCGUCUCUGAUAAAGCAAAAGAGGCAAAAGAGUUCCUGGUUCAGCUGAAGAACAUGCUGCAGCAGAUACAGGAGAACGGAGUGGAGUUUGAAGCCUGCCUCGUGGCUCAGUGUGACUCUCUGAUCGAGGCGCUGACGAGACAGAAAGCCAAGCUGCUCACCAAAGUCACCAAGGAGAAAGAGUACAAGCUGAAGGUGGUGCGAGACCAGAUCACCCACUGCACCAUGAAGCUGAGGCAGACCACCGGCAUGAUGGAGUACUGCCUGGAGGUCCUGAAGGAGAACGACCCCAGUGGCUUCCUGCAGAUCUCGGACGCCCUGAUCAAGCGGGUGACGUCGUCCCAGGACCAUUGGGUCAAAGGGGCCCUGGAGCCAAAGGUCGGCCCUGAGUUUGACCUCAGCCUGAACACCGACUCGCUGAUGCAGACCAUCCUGCAGCUGGACUUCUGCCAGGGCAAAGAUGUGCAGGAGAAACCGCUUUUGAAACUAAUGCAGGCAGCAGCAGGCAGUGGUGAGGCUGAGAUGGAGGCAGAGAGCCCCGGAGUGGAUUUAGGACCCGCUGUGCCAGCGGCGCCUCUACUACAGCUGGAAAAAUGCUGCACCAGGAACAACAGCGCCACCCUGGCCUGGAGGGUAACUGCGCAUGCUAGUUGCCCCAUUGAGGGCUACAUCCUGGAGCUGGACGAUGGGAAUGGAGGGCAAUACAGGGAGGUGUAUGUGGGGAAGGAGACGGUCUGCACGGUGGAUGGCCUGCACUUCAACAGCGCCUACAACGCCAGGGUGAAAGCCUACAACGCCGUUGGAGUCGGACCGUACAGCCAGACGGUGGUUCUCAAGACGUCUGACGUGGCUUGGUUCACCUUUGACCCCUCCUCGGCUCAUCGUGACAUCGUUCUGUCUAAUGAGAACCAGACGGCUACGUGUAGCAGCUACGACGACCGCGUGGUUCUGGGGACGGCUGCGUUCUCAAAGGGAACUCACUAUUGGGAAGUCACCAUUGAUCGCUAUGACAACCACCCGGAUCCUGCGUUUGGCGUGGCGAGGAUCAAUACCAUGAAAGAAAUUAUGCUGGGGAAGGACGACAAGGCCUGGGCCAUGUAUGUGGACAACAACCGGUCCUGGUUCAUGCAUAACAACUCCCACACCAACAGAGCGGAGGGGGGCAUCACGAAAGGCUCCACUGUGGGCAUCCUGCUGGACCUGACCAAACGCACCCUGACCUUCUUCAUAAAUAAGGAGCAGCAUGGACCAACAGCCUUUGAGAACCUGGACGGCGUUUUUGUUCCUGCUGUCAGCCUUAACAGAAAUGUUCAGGUGACCUUACUGACCGGCCUGGAGGUGCCAAAGAAUAUCAAACAGUAGGAGCUCAUUCCUCCUUCCUGUGUGCCCUGGAUACAAACCUCUGAUGUCAAAUGCAGACUCACCUCUAUGUUUUCCUGAAACACCAGGUUGGGUUCUUCCCAUCCUCCUCGAGGUGCUGUUUUGUCUCAGACACUACACAUCAUGUCAUAACAAAGGAACAAAUCUGAUUGGUUGUAGAUUAUUAUGGACAUUCUUACACAGAUGAUUGGAGUUAUUGUACAGAAUUCAUGUUUUCAUUUUUGUUCCAUCAGGCACCGAUUUUUAUAACAUGAGGAUCUAACCUUGAAUAGUAAAGCCAAACAGCUAGAAGACAUUCUCACUGUGCAGAAGAUAUCUUGGAGAUAGUAUCAAAGUUUACAUCAGUAAUCAUAAAAUGGAAACCGCUCAACUUUAACUUCAAACCUUUCCCACACCUCCAGCCUCAACAGCCCUGUGUGAAUGAUUAUAUCUGAUUUUCUUAGCUGGAAGUUGAAAGCCAGUCAAGGUUGAUCAAAAACCUUAAAUAAGUGGUACAAAAAUGGUCAAAAAUAAUUGAUAAUUUAAUGAUUUAAUGAUAUUAAUUUUUAUUUUCUUAGUAUGGCGUGAGCCUAAUACUCUGUCAUAAAUAUGAAACAGAACUGAGUACAUUUUAUAAAAGCCAAAUGAGAUCGGUAGAAGUGUCUCAAAAUAAUUUCAUCUCUUCGUCUCUGAAGAAACUCAGAAAGUCUGAAGCAUCUCUAACGUGUCACAGUGAAAUCCAACUCUACAGAAGACGAUUAAGGAAACUGAAAUUUUGACUUUUUUUUCACAAUUCAGACUUUGGUCUCAGAAUUCUGACUUUUUUUCUUAAAAUUCAGAUUUUUCCCCUCUGAAAUAUUUAUUUUUAUUUCAGCGGCCCUAAUCCUGCUCUGUAUCAGUCCCGUCAGGUUAAACCAUGUCUGCUGCUGCAUUUUUCAUUAGGGACCAAAUACGGCUACCUGGAGAGGACAGUAGCUUAAACCAGACCACUGUAACCUGAUGGUUGUAGGAAAUUUCCAACGUCUAAGAACACAACACCUCAAUGAAAAGGUAUGUUAUUAAAAGCUGAAGGUGUUUAAUAUUGAGUUUUACUACAUCUACUUCAUUUUUUGCUCUUUUCCCUAAGAACAUGAUUGUGGGGAGUGAGAAUAACCUGACCUGCCAUAUAAAACUGGACUAAUGUGUGGAUGAAAAUCGACAAACUGUAGAUAUUGAUAUGUGACUUGUGCUAUUUAGCAUGGAUUGACAAGCAAGUUUGCAAACUGUCUGAAAUUAUUCUGUAAAUAAUGUUUUAUUGUCUCUGCAGUGAAUGAUGUUAUGAGCUGUAACGGGUCGCCCCCUGCUGGCCAAUAUUGGGAACUGCAGCUCUGGAUGCUCUUCAGACGUCCAGCUGAAACACUUUGCAUUGUAAAAAUAUGUUAAAAUUCCCUCCAUAAUUUAAAAUAUUUGAGCAUUUAAUCAGGGAUAUGUAGAUUAUGCUCUGAGGUUUAUGGUUAUUUAAUGAUGAACUAGUACACUGCUCAUAUCAUAAAUGCCCGUUUAUUUUACACAAACAGCGUGAACAAACUCAAAUGCACAAAGGUGGAGAAACCUGGUAUUUUUACGGCAUUCGAUCAGGUAAUGUUUUUAUUAAAAAUCAUGUAGUAUGUUUUGUAUUUUAUAAACAUAUUUAUCUUUUAAAUGGAAGAAGCCAGUGGAAGAAUGAUAUCUAAAACUUCUAAUUUAUUAAACAUAUGAUGAUAUAUUUAUUUUCUUUUGUUAAAGGUGUUGUCUAAAAUCCCUUUUCAAUAUUUACAUGGGGUAAUUACAAAUUAUUUCUGAAACACGACCCAUUGUUUAGACUUUUAGUGCUUUCAUCUCAAAGCAGCCUCAACUAGUCCUAUCACAAUUUGUCAUUUUCUAUCAGAAAAUACUUGAAAUAAAAUAAUUUUAAGUCUAAAUCUGCCAAGGGUCCGACUAAUACAUUAACUGUAGUUAUUUGCAUUAGCAGCUAUAGUGUUUAGCAGUCAAUACAACACUAAUAUGAUCAACUAGCUUAAAAAUUCUUUAAAAACUACUACCGGUACAUAACACAGUGAAAUAUAUUUUUAAAAUAAAUAUAAAAUCUUCAGAUUUUUUUCUCUUAUGCACAGUACAUUUGUCGGUAGGCAGGUUGCUAGCAUUGGCAGUGGUCCAACAUCGAUGAAUGAUAGCUGCCAUUAAAAUAUAGACAGCGGUUGCUAGCAUUAGCCUGCUAACAUUACUAGCGGAAAAAUGUCCAAAACCGAUAUUAUAUAUUUGUAAAACAAAAUUUCUGCUUAAAUAUUUCACAUUUAUCUCACGCUGUUCCUCUUAAGUCUAUUUUUAGCCCAUAAUAUCACUGUAGGCAGCAGGGUUUGGCAACAAUAGCCGCUAGGUCGUUAGCACCGAGCAGCUAAUGUAGGCAAUUAGUUACUUGGCAUUAGUUACAUGAACUAAUAUUGAUAAAAGCGUUCAACAUUUUUAAUUGUUGAACAAUACAUCAACAUAACUCCACUAUGUUUUAUUUUAUUGUUUGUAGCUGGUAUGACGGGGGAAAAAAUCUAGCUGUAACGUUGUUAUUUGGUUGCUAUUGGCAACAAACAAAAGGAGUAUUUUUGCAACAUGAAAAGUAAUUGGUGAUUUUUUUUUCAUUUACAUUUGAAUUGACAUUAAAACGUAUGUAUUUAACUUUGUAAUUUAGCAUUUUUAGCAUGGCAAAGUGGUCAUAAUGUAAGAGACUUUUGACAAGUGUCAAAUAUGUGAGCAUCAGCCGAAGGCGACUUGUGUCCUGAUUUGCUCCAACCAGUUUCCAACUCAGGGCUUUAUUUUGAUCAGCUUGGUUGCACAGCUCUGGUCCUCCUUUCACCUCCCACUCCAGAUCAAAAACCUUCCUGGUGGGAAGGUUUACUGUAACCAGAAAUAGAUUUCAGCCCAGUAGUUGAGCUGGAACAUUACAUCCAUUGCAUUAAAAAAAAACCCUUUCUUUCUGAGCGCCAGGUUUUGUUUAUGGUGCUCUAACUCCUUACGUUUCAGUGAUUUCAGAUGAUACUUUAGCUACAUAUUUUCUUCAUCUAAAAAUGUUGUGACAAAAACAACAAGAAUCUAGUGAUUGAUUUGAUUCAUGCUGUUUAAGUGUUGUUUUGUAUUUGUGCUUGUUUAGCAUGUCCCUUUACCUGAUACCCACCUAUGAAUGUCACUUCUUUCUUAGAUUUAACUUAUAUUGCUGGGAAAAUAGGAAAGUAUCUUUCUAAAUUUAAAACGUGCAGAUAUCAAAUUAGUUAUGGAUCACGGCAUAGGGCCACUGUAGAUAGAAAAUAGGGAGCAAAUUUCUGCUAGAAUAUCUGAAAUUUUCUAGAAAAAAAACAAGGAAAUUUCUGAGUUGAAAAUUUAUAAGAAAAAACGUAGAAAUUUUGUAAGUUUGAAAAGUCGAAAUUUGCUAUCAAAAAAACUUAGAUUUCCAUUUGGUUCUAGAAACUUUGAGAUUAAUCUCAAAAUUUUUGAGUUUUUAUAGCAAUUUUUAAACUCUUCAAACUAAGAACUUAAGUUUUUUUCUAGAAAUUUUAUGAUUAAUCUAAAAAUAUCAGAAUUGUUUGAGAAAACUUUCAAAUUUUAAAGAAGUUCUGUUGUUGAAAACAUUCUUUCUAGAAAAUGUUUGAGAUUAAUCUCAAAAUUUCAGAUUUUGUUCUUGCAAAUUUGUUAAUUUAAGCUCAGAAAUUUCUAUGAUUUUUCUCAAAAAUUAAAAAAAGAUUUUUCUAGCAAAGUUUUGACCGUUGAAACUCAGAAAUGACCCUGUUUCUUCUUGAAAGUUUCUGAGAUCAAUCUCAAAAUUUGAGGGGGGUUUUUCUAGCAAAUAUUUCAAGUUUUUUUCCUCAAUACUUUGAGUUUUUCUGAAAAGUUUAGACUUUUCAAUUCACAGAAUUUUCUUUCUGGAAAAGACUCAUAUCAAAAAUUUGAUUUUUUGUUGUUAUUGGAAAUGUACUUUUUUUCAAUGUACAAUGGCCCUAAUAUGCCGUCACACUUAUGUAUAAAUUUGAACACUGACCAAACGUGUCAUAUUGCUGCUGAUAACAUAGAUUUACUAAUUACUGAUGGUAAUUAACAUUAAUAUUAAUCCAUCCAGGUUUUAGCUUGAAUCUUCGUCUCUCAUGCUCCUCAUUUUGAAAUUCAAAAAUCAAACCAAGAAGCAGCUUUGAGAAAAGUAACUGUGACCUCAACCAGAACAAACAACCCGACCAACUGUGUUUUUUCAUUAUCAUCAACUUUCACAUCGUCCCUUCAACAUCAAGUCUUUACUUCUGAAGCCUGGUGAGGCUGGAGACGAGCUUUGUAAAUUCAGGCUUGAGUGUUAGAAAAACUGCUUUUGGUUCUGCUGUCUCUUGUUGUGUAUAUAUAUUUAUUCAUCAAAGAAAAUGCGUAACUUUUUCUUUUUUAUUACCUCAAUUUUGUCCUCUAGUUGUCCCCUGCUGCCAAUGUAAAUGUUUUGUACGACUACAUUGUUUGUAAAUGAUAAAAACACAAGAGUCAACUCCAUACUUUUUCAAACCUAAACAUGAAAAAUAAAAGAAACAGCUUUGUCUCCUUUUUGGGUACUUUAUAAGAAGGGAAAUAAAUAAAGUGGGGUCUGAAA